AUGGAAAAAAAUUCACAAGAAAAGGUGUUGAAUGUCUUUGAGAACAAAUAAAAAGAUAAUUAUCCACUCACAAAUUAGAUAUCCUAAGAUUAUGAAGAUGACACUCACGUAUAUCGCAUUAUCAGAUUGGGCAAGGAAUCGGUCAAACUCAUGCAAGAUUACAAACUUCUCAAAGAGAAAGAAUGGAGAAAGCUGAAAGUGUAGUAGAGUCGAGGAUGGUUGCACUAUGCAAUUUUUGAGAAGGAACCAUACGUUUUGUUAUUCAAGAGAAAGAUUACAAAAAACAAAAGAUGA